CAAAUCAAGACAAGCUCAAUCGCCUCAUCAUUUAGGAAGGAGAAACACUAGUUUUUAGUGCAGCCUCUACAAGGAAAAUCCCAAUGGCCCCUCAGCUAUGUCAGAACCUGGGAAAGCUGUGUUCCCAGGGGCCACUGAUGGUUUUGCUGUGCUUCUUGACUUGUGUCUCACAAUCUAUGUAUCUGGACUUCUUUGGCAGCUCCUCAAGAUGCAUGCGAAUCCCAAAGAAUAUGGCUUUGUGUUAUGACAUUGGAUAUUCGGAGAUGAGGAUCCCCAACUUGCUGGAACAUGAGACAAUGGCUGAGGCCAUCCAACAAUCCUCAAGCUGGUUACCGUUGCUGGCAAGAGAGUGCCAUCCUGAUGCCAGAAUAUUCCUGUGCUCACUCUUUGCACCUAUUUGCCUGGAUCGGUAUAUCUACCCGUGCCGCAGUCUGUGUGAAGCUGUAAGGAGCAGUUGUGCCCCUAUCAUGGCCUGCUAUGGGUACCCUUGGCCUGAGAUACUCAAAUGUGAUAAGUUUCCUGAAGACCACGGCAUGUGUAUCUCACCCAUCACAUAUGAUACUGGCUCUACCCGUAGAACAGUGCCCCGAGCCAGCUGUAGGGACUGUGAACUUGAAGAAGCCAGCACUUCCAAGCCAAUACUUGAUACAUUCUGCAAUAAUGAUUUUGUUGCCAAGGUCCGUAUCACCAAAAAGAACAUCACUUCAGCGAACCUUUAUGACUUUGAUAUGGAUUCGAAACUGGAGAUCCUGAAACACGGCUCCUUGCCCAAAACGGAUGUCCUUCCUAGGCUUCAGCAGUGGCUGGAUCUGGAUGCUACCUGUGUGCAGAAUAUCAUGCGUGGGACCCGCACGGGCAUUUAUGUGAUAUGCGGAGAAGUGCAAGAGGACAAGGUAGUGGUGAACAAUGCCUACGCAUGGCAGAAAAAGAACAGAAACCUGCAGUUUGCUGUACGGAAAUGGAAGAACCAUAAGUGUCGGGUAUAGGAAUUCCCAUUUUGUUGUACUGCAGAGAAACCAAAGUCCUGUGUUGUGAAUGUGAAACAAUAGAAAUAGGGGCAUUCAUGAGAACUGUAUAUAAUACUGUAUAUAUCUAUGCUAAUUUACUAUAAAAACCUUAUUGAAAAAAAGAGCAGAACGGUCUCCUACUGCUUGAGAGGUCACCAGUGUCAUUAAAAAGGGCUACAAAUUAUUGAAAGAACUCUUAAAGGGGUGCUUCAUCUUUAACUCCCACAAUAACAAGGGUAGUGAAAAUAAGCAGAGCUCACCCUCUUACUGUGCAGCGUGUCCCUGUCGGCCGCUGCUCCCGCGGUAACCCGGCAACUUCAAUCCGGAACUUGCAACAUUCCAUGUGACCCGCAGUUUAGCGCUGACCGAAACAUCCAACGGAAUCACUACUAAUUGCUUUGAAAAAUGGCUUUUAUUCACACAUAAUAUGGGGCAAAUUUACUUAUGGUCGAAUAUCGAGGGUUAAUUAACCCUCGAUAUUCGACUGCCGAAUGUAAAUCCUUCGACUUCGA